CGUGUCUGUCCCUCCUCACCACACAUCACCACGGUACAGCGACGACAGCUUUCUCCGGCGACGUGGGCUUCUUACCCCUCUCCUCAGCUUCUUUUAGACUCGUUUGGCAGGUCGUGUCUGGUGGUCGACAAUUCCGACGACCCUGCCUUGGUCAGGAGGAGGAGAAUAAAAAGGAAAAAAGAAAAUAGAAAACCAAAAAAGGACGGGGGAAAAAACAAAUUAUUAAAGGCGGCAGGUACGAAUCGACACGGACCCCUCCCCCUUUCCAGUCAAGUCAUAGAACGCAUCGACUCAAAAGUCCAAGAGCCGCCGCUCUUCGUUAUCGCCGCUGUCUGCCGAUAGCUGCUCCAUGAGCGGGACCGUCGUUGGCUUCGGCACGCGCUCAAGCAAAAGAUAGACAAGGCGCUGCGCCCCGCACACGUCGCAAGCAGCUUCGACGGUUCUUUUUUCGUGGAGGGCCCUUCCUAGACUCGAGCAUGUCCAUUCCCGCACAAGUCUGGCCAGAGGCUGGCCCAUCGAGGCUGACAGGGCCGACAAACCGAUCGCCGGCAUCACUCAAGUGGUCGGCAGCAAGGAGGUAUGCCGUUGUCGUUGACGCCGGCUCUUCGGGCUCGCGGAUGCAAGUCUAUUCGUGGAAGGAUGCAAGGGUAGACAAGGCGCAUAGAGAGAGGGAAGGCGAGAGCGUCAAAGUGCUCCCCAGUGUCGAAAAGGGCACAUGGGAUGGUAGCGGACAGGAUUGGCAGCUCAAGGUCGAACCUGGUAUCUCGUCAUUUGGAACCAAGCCCGAGGAACUAGCCGCCUAUCUGAAGCCGCUUUUCGAUCACGCCAGCUCCAUCAUUCCUUCUCAUGCCCUCGCCGAUACGCCAGUCUAUGUCUUGGCAACGGCUGGCAUGCGAUUGUUGCCCGAGGACCAGCGCAACACCUUAUUGGAAGCGACAUGCAGCUUUAUCGAAAACGAAACUGGCUUCACAUUGGGACAAGGCGGUUGCGCCGACCAUGUACAGGUCAUCACCGGCGAAGAGGAAGGUCUUCUCGGAUGGAUUGCGAUCAAUUACCUCAUGGACGGCUUUCACUUCAAGGGCAACCAUGCCCUUGAUGCUGGCCAGACCGAAGGAACCAAGGGCAAGAGCACCUACGGCUUCCUUGACAUGGGCGGCGCCAGCACCCAAAUCGCUUUUGAACCCAGUAAGGACGCCCUUGCAAAAGCUGCGGAGAAGAACCCGGUCGGAGCACAGGAGGACCUCACGCCCAUCACGUUGAGGAUGCUCGACGGAACCGACGUGACGCACAACGUCUUCGUCACGACAUUUCUCGGCUUUGGCACCAACAAGGCCCGCGAGCGCUACGUCUCUGCUCUCACUCAAGGCACCUCGUCGGCCGAGGUGCUUAAAGAUGCCUGCCUCCCAACGGGCCUUUCUGUCCCGAGCGGACCUUCAAGCGCCAAUCUCAUUGGGACAGGCUCCUUCACCAACUGUCUCGAGCAUCUUGAGCCCCUGCUCGAAAAGCACGCAAGCUGCUCCCAUCCACCGUGCCUCUUCCAUGGAGUGCAUGUGCCGCCAAUCGACUUCAGCGUGAAUCACUUUAUUGGCGUAUCCGAAUACUGGUUCUCGUCCAACGAUGUCUUCGGCCUGGGAGGCGUUUACGAUUUUGUCUCGUUUCAAAAGGCCGCCCAGGAAUUCUGCCACAAGCCCUGGUCGGAGCUUGACAAAACGCUGAAGGAGGGCAAAACUUUCGGCAAACAGGUCGACGAGGGUCGCUUGCAGCUACAGUGCUUCAAGGCCGCAUGGAUGACGACCGUGCUCCACGAGGGGAUCGGAAUCCCUCGCAUCGUUGACGACAAGGGGAAGGGCGACGGCAAGCAUCACGCCGACGAAGCCCAGGACAAGGCAGACGAAAAGAAUCUCUUCCAAAGCGUAAAUGAUGUCGAUGGCUUGUCUGUCAGCUGGACGCUGGGAAAAGCAGUCUGGGAGGCCAGCAAGGACAUUCCACCCCCUCGCGCAAGCGGGCCUCUUGAUGCGGCCAUUGUUUCUGGGGACAGCCCGCAUACUGUCGCCGGUGGCGAAGGCGGCAGCGGCAGCGUCAGCAGCAGCAAUGGCGUCAAAAUUGGAGCAGGUGCCUCGGACAGCGCCGACAAAUCCAACAGCUGGAGGAACCAAUUCCGGCCGUCGUGGCAUCGGCCUUCUGAUCCGUUGGCUAAUCUUCCGCCUAUCCGAGCAGGGCGCCACUCCAUCAGCGGCGGUCUGGUCGCUCUCAUUUCGCUGACGACGUUUGCCAUCCUGCUUUUCUGCUGCUUCUUCCGAGGACGAGGGCCCAAGGCUCUGCGACGGAGGGCCGUCUUCCGAGACAUCUUGCCUCCUCCUCUCGGCUCGUUGGGCGGGCUGAUGAGCACGAGUCGUAGGCCACGAGGCGAUUACGUUCUGGCGAGCAUGGAGGAGGCUCAGGAAGGCGGCAUUCCUGGCGAUGGUAACAUCAUGACAGAGGCAAGCUCGGGUGACAUUGCACUGAGCAGUGAUGUCGAGUCUGACGAUGCCGACCCACGAGGGCGCUCGAGGCACAAGCGCAGACGAUCCUCAGGGAAUGGGCUUGUGGCCACUCUGCUUUUGGUGCCCAUUCAGCGAUUGGCUCUUGCCCUUGGCAUGCGAAAUGCUGCUGCUCAGACUGCCCGCGGACCAGCAGGUCUCGGGCAGCGGAGGCGACAGCUCUAUGCAGCGACGCCGUCCCGCUUGCCUUUGCGAAGGAACUUCAGCAACCCGAUGCUUGUUGCGAGAAUCAGCCGACCAUCUUCGCCCUCUGGACCUGGUGCAGGGGUCCCACUCAUGUCUGGCCCGGCGACGUCAUCUGCGGGCCCGGCUUCGCUCGUGCUUGGUAGCAGCAGCGCCGCUGCAUCGACCAUCUCGAGACCUGCCAGCCGCACAGCCAACACUGGCAGGCUCUCGCCACGCUCGCUAUCGCAGUACAACGCGGCAGCGGAGCUGAGCUACUUUGCGAAUAAUGGCGGUGCAUCGGGCGCCAAUCACCUCCACCACCUCUAUCACCUUCAUCACUCCCACCCUCACCACCAUUUGCACUCGGCCAUCUCGAGUGCCACGGCCAGCGCUUAUUCUUCACGAGCCGCCUCGCCAAUUCCAUUCGCCUCUACAGAGUACAAUCCAGCCUCGCCACCCUUCAAUGCUCAGAGAAAGGUGUCGUCGGCUUCAUCGACGGCAUCCUCUUCGGGCGCUACGGGGCCUUCGGUCCUGCCCACAAUUUCGGCAUCAACAACGCCUGCCACGACGACUGGGACGCUGAGCCGAGUGAAUUCGUCUACAAACGUCUCGUCUGGCGGUCCCGGCUUCUCGAGGCGGGGCUGGGACGUCUUCGACUAAACAAAGGUCGCUCGGCACCUCAUCCUCAAAAACUUCAAACAUGGACUUUUUCUCACCCUCUCUCAUUGAUUCAUCUCUUUUCUACCUCUUGACAACACGGACAAUUAUACUGCCUCGGUACGGUGCUACUGCUACUACUACUCUUACUUUGCUAUAUCACUACGGUCCUUUCUAACUCCCUUCGCCCUUGCGGUCUCUCGAACCCUUGUUCGUCUUUGUUGUACUUCACUCCUUCCCAUUAGACGUAAUGGGAACUGAACUUUCACUUUGAAUGU